GCCAAAGAACUCUACAGCAUCGGAGUGAUGUUCUUGAGACAGUAAUUCUGGUGAAUCCCAGUGCAGACAACAUUGUUAAUGAGGUGCGCUCCUUGAUAACAGAUUCAUCUGCUCACAAGCUACUUAUUCUGAGUGGACAGUACUUGGACCAGGAAGGAGAUUUGAUCCUACAAACUGGGACCUUUACAUCUCACAGAUUCAAGGAAGUGUUCAGUGACCCAGAGGUGUGCCAGCUAUUUAGUAACACUGAUCCCGAGAUCAAAGCUUCUCUCACAGUGUCUUGUGUGGAAGAAGGAGAGUGGUGUAACCUUGGGCAUUCCACUUUUCAGGAUAUCAUUGAUCUCAAGCUAAAUCCUGAUCCUGUUUUGCCUGAAAUGGAUGGGGUUUCGGAAUUUGCAGAUUAUGUCUCUGAAACUGUUGAUGUCCCUUCUCCUUUUGACCUGUUAGAACCACCAAACUCAGGUGGAUUCUUGAAGCUGUCCAAACCAUGCUGUUACAUAUUUCCUGGUGGCAGAGGUGAUUCAGCCCUCUUUGCUGUUAAUGGAUUUAAUAUCCUGGUGGAUGGCGGCUCUGAAAGAAAAUCAUGCUUUUGGAAGCUUGUCCGGCACUUAGACCGAAUUGACUCCAUACUGCUGACACAUAUAGGGGCAGAUAAUCUGCCUGGAAUUAAUGGACUUCUUCAGAGAAAGAUAGCUGAGCAAGAUGAGGAACAAUCUCAGGGUUCCACUGCCUAUAGUGACUGGAUGAGAAACCUAAUCUCCCCAGAGCUUGGGGUUGUGUUUUUCAAUGUUCCCGACAAACUGAAAAUGCCAGAAUCUAGUAUGAAAGUUAAAAAAAGCAUUGAAGAGGCUUGCUUGACACUACAGUACUUAAACAAACUUGGAAUUAAACCAGAACCUUUGUACAGGGUAGUAAGUAACACAAUUGAGCCCUUAACAUUAUUUCACAAAAUGGGAGUUGGUAGACUGGAUAUGUACAUUUUAAACCCUGUAAAAGACAGCAAAGAGAUGCAGUUUUUAAUGCAGAAAUGGGCAGGAAAUAGCAAAGCUAAAACUGGAAUUAUACUAGCAAAUGGCAAAGAAGGCGAGAUAUCUGUACCCUAUCUGACCUCCAUCACAGCUCUUGUUGUUUGGCUGCCAGCAAGCCCAACUGAAAAAAUAGUACGUGUAUUAUUCCCUGGAAAUGCACCACAAAAUAAAAUUCUAGAGGGUCUAGAGAAGUUGAAGCAUCUCGAUUUCCUGAGGUACCCAGUAGCUACUCAAAAGGAUAUGUCCAGUGGUGUAGGUCCAACCACUGGUAAGCACACAAAGAUCAAACAGAGGGCAGACAGCAAGGAAAGUCUAAAGUCCUCUUCACGACCAAGCACAGGAAAGCUGAGUAAGAAAGAUGAUAUUGCAGAGGAGCUGGCUAAGGAGGUCAAAGCUGACCUUGUGAAGGAAUCAAAGGUUGAGAAAAAAAUUAAGGAAGCUGUGGAUAAACAUAUUGACAGACCUUUAAAGGUUGAAAAAGUAAAAACUGAAACAAGUGAUUCUGCAAAAGCAGAAAAGAGGAAAAUGUUGAAUCAGAAAAUAGGAAAAAAGUAUCCAAAGGACAAAAUCUCCAAACUGGAAGAGAAGAAGGACAAAGAGAAGAAGGAGAUAAAGAAAGAAAAGAUAGAUAUAAAGAAAGACAAUUUAAAGAAAGAGGAAAAGAAAGAUACAAAGAAGGAAGAUAAAAAGAAAGAGAUAAAGCCAGAAGUUAAAAAACUGCCAAAACCUGAUUUAAGACCCUUUACACCAGAAGUGAGAAAAACACUGCACAAAGCUAAAAUUCCUAGCAAGAUCAAAACCGAUAAAAUAAAAAGUAAGUCUGAAAAGGAAAAUAAUGCAGAGCAAAAGGUUAGUCAAGUCCAACACACACAUGUGGAAAAGGAGCCACAGAUGAGUGAUAUUAUAGAGCAAAGAUCAGUUAUGUCUUCACCUGAAGAUCUUACAAAAGAUUUUGAGGAGCUUAAGUAUGAAGACAAAUUGGAACAAAUAACAAAAGGACUAGGCGAUACAAAUAUCUCAGAACUUGAAACUUCUGAGCUUAGGCCCUCUGCGAUUUUGGUUACACAAAGUCAUUUCAAAGAAGAGAUAAUUUUAGGUGACAUAACAUCAGAUAAGACUCCUCUUGAAUCCCCAGAUGAAGGUAUUACCACCACAGAUGUUGAAGGAGAUUCACAACAUGACGAGAAGCCAAUGCAUCAUACGGAUGAUGCUUUAGAAAUGGUUGAUGAAGGAGCAGCUAUGGAUGAACCACCUGAAAUGGCAGAAUUUGAUGAAGAAAUCAUUACGGAAGAAGAAAAUGCUAGCACUCCUGGAGUAGAGGGACAGGUACCUGAAAGAAACAGACUGGAGUCAAUGCCAACUUUGGACAUACAAGAUUUGGAAACUGAUGAAGAUAAAGAAAAUGAAUUAGUUGAAAAGGGAAUAUUAGACAGGAAUCAGAAAGAAGAAAUACUUGAAGAACAUCAGGAUUAUCUUGGUAAAACAGCAACAGAAGAUGAGAAAGACAGUGAAAAAAAUGUCGAGGUAGUGGAGAAAGCAGAUGUAGAAGAAAUGGAAGAAUAUGCUGAAGAGCUGGAGGCUGAGCACAAGGUUGAUGAAUACUCAAGCGCUGAGAACGAACAAGAAGAGAACAUUUCUUGCGAUUUUACAAUGUCGGUGCUACAGAAAGAGACAGAAGUGGAGAAGUAUGGAAAAGAAGCAUUCAAGGAUGCCACCUACCUAGCAGGGGUUCCCAUGUCAUCUGGGACUACAGCUGAGCACAUAUCUUAUAUACAAGAUGAAACAAUGCCUGGUUACUCAGAAACCGAGCAAACUAUCUCUGAUGAGGAAAUCCAUGAUGAGCAAGAGGAAAGGAUACCCCAUUUGCAGUAUGAUGUAGCUAGUUAUGACAUUUCUGUCCCUGACCACCCUGGAUCCUUUGAUGCUAUACAUGGAAUUAAAGCCAUUUCAUCUGAGGUUUCUGCCAAAGGUUAUGAAAUGCAAACACCUGAAAUUGUAACUUAUCCUACAAACAUUGUUGCAGCUCCUCUGGCUGAAGAGGAGCACAUCUCUUCAGCAACAUCUAUAACUGAAUGUGAUAAGCUUUCUUCUUUUGCUACAUCUGUGGCUGAAGAUCAAUCUAUUGCUUCUAUCACAGCACCAAAAACUGAAGAGACAGGAAAGAGCUCUUUAGUGCUAGACACAGCAAACAGCAUUCCUUCUUCCCACACAGAGGCAACCCAAGGUGUGGAAUACUUGCCAUCAGCGGGCACAAUUUCACCAACUUCUUCCUUGGAAGAAGACAAGUGUUUUAAAUCUCCACCUGCAGAUGAUUUCCAGUCAGUGCUUACGCCUGGGAAAGUUCCUGACGAAGAGGUAGAUGAAAGUCCAAAUUUUGAAGUAUCUUGUAAAGUAAAUUAUGGUUCGCUUAUCUUUUCUGAACAAACAGACCAGGGUUUGUCAUACACAUUUAACACAGAAAUGAAAAUGGCUACUGACUUUCCUUCAAGUGAAUACGGAAAGGUGUCGCAGGCUGAUUCAAGCUUUGGUGAUGGCGAGGAAAGAUGCUUAAGUCCUGAUGACAGUACCAUCAAAAUGGCUUCUCCUACACAGUCAGGACCUACUAGCACAGGUCACACACCUUUCCACCAGUCACCUGUGGAGGACAGAUUUGAAACUACCCAAGCAGAGCUUUUUGAAGCAGCGGACAUACUAAAACAUGACAAAGAAAACAAAAGUGAACAACAGCCUCAAUAUGACACAUGCUGGGAAAACAAAGUACCUUCUAGAAUUGAGGAAGAUAUUACUGAGACAGAAAAUAUCUUAUCAAUGAAAGGGCAAGAAUUUACAGAUGAUCAUUUGGAUGAAGUAGAAUCACAAUCCUCCAAAGAAAUAAUUGUAACUAAAGAAGAAACAUUACCAUCACAUUCUGCAUCAUAUAUGCAAUUUGAAAAAAUAAUUUCCACAAGCGAUGUUUCUCAUGAAGAUUAUACAUCAGUAGAUAAGAUGGAAUAUGAGGAAACUCAGAUGGAUCUGUUUCGGUCAGUUUCCCCUAAAGAAAAGGAUACUAAAUAUGGUGAUUAUUCAAGAGAGAGUACGACAAAAGAUGAUGCCUCAACAGAAAGUUCAAGCCAAGACAUUUUCCUUGGUGAUGCAAAGUCACUUUCUUUCACGGAACAGGGAAAAGAAGAUGACACAUCUUUACAAAUGUCUUUGAUAGAACAAAGCCCAGUUGUACAUGAAGUAUAUCAAGGAAGUCCAACAAAAGAAAACUUUUUAGACAAUGACAAAUCUCUUCAAUUGACUGAUCCUGAUUUGAUGAAAGAUAUAAAAUGUACAACUGGGGAAACAUCACCAGGCUUCGAAGAAUCUUUGUUGUCAACUGCAGAAAGCCUUGCAGAAGAUCAGAGCCAUCUGGAGCCUUUUGAUAAGCAUGCUCAAAAUCAAGUUCAGCCUCUAGUUCCAGCAGAAUAUAGUUAUGGUGAAGAGAUAUCAGCAACAGUAUUUUUGCAAAAAACACCAGAAGACGAUGCAGAUUCAUAUAAUUAUAAAGAAACUAUCUUGGAAGAAAAAAGGUUAGGUCAUUCUGCCUCAAGCCCAGACAACUCAGGGUUGGUUUAUUGUGCAGAAGACUUGAAGGAAACUGAUUCACUAGCAAUGCAGUCUGUGGAUGAUCCCUCCAUAUCCUUCCUAAAAGCAAGUCAUAUCCAGGAGACAUAUCCACUUGCAGAUGACUCUUUAUAUUACAUGCAAUCAGAAAAUAUUAUGGAAAACGUUUUGGGGCAUGGGAAGGAAACAGAAACAUCAAUGGAAGAAGCUUUUAAAGAACAUGAAGUUAUUGAAGAACAAUCUGUUGACGAUGAAAAUCUUUCUAUGAUACAGAUGAUAACUUCUGAAAAGAAAGUCUGGUUCACAGAGGGUUUACAGGAAAAUGAAAGAAAACCUGCUUUAAAGGAAAGCAAACUGCAUUACACAGAGGAGGGAGAAAGCACUUUUCUCGAUGAUAGUCAUGACUGGGAUACACACUCUAUUUUGAAGCCUGAUGUCUCAGAACAAUCAACCCCUGAUCCGGCAGAUGCAAAUAUACUGAGUACAGAAUAUGCACAUUUCCAAGAAGAUAAAGAGGCAGAAUAUAUGCAAAAGUCAUUAAACACAUCUGAUGAAACUGAGGCCUCUGAAUUUAAGACAUCACCACAGUUAAAUGCAGAGUAUCCUUCACCAGAAAUUGAUGUACUUGAAAAACACUCAUACGUAACAACAUCCUCUUCACCCUCUGAUAUUUCUUUAGAAAAGCCAGAUAUAGAUAACUUUGGCUCUCUUAACAAAGACGGCCUCAUAGAAAGCAAAAUUUCAGUAACACCCAUUGAUGUGAAAGGUUUCGGAGAAACAAUGUUUGCAGGAGAUUAUGGUAACGAUAAAGAAAGUGAGUACUCUUAUUCAAAAUCUUCCCAUGACACACCAGAGCACUCGUGUGAAGUUGAUGCCAUUGACAGCAAAUUCAACAUUCAGUCAGGGGACCUUGUGAUCAGUACUUUGGACAAAUGUGAACAUUUGUUACCUUCUGAAAAACCUUUCGUACCCAAGGAACAAAUAUUAAGCUCUGACUCCAUCACUGAAGAUGUAGGAGCAGAAUAUGCAAAAAAAGAUGAUAUGAAACAGGAAACACAGUCCUAUCCUUAUGUCACAGAUCACACAGAGCAAGAGUAUGUUGAAACAACUUUCGAAGGCGAUAAUUCAGUGCACAAAGAGAAUAUUGACUUCAAUCUUGAAGUUCAUUAUGAGAGUAUAGCAGAAGAGCUGCCUUCAAAUUGUGACAAAAAAUCCUCCCCUAGUUCACUAGAUUACCAAGCAAAUACAAGUUUAACUACAUCAUACAGCCCAUUUGAACUAUAUUCUGAUGAGAAGGAAAGUUACGAGUCCACAAGAAAGGCUAGGGUUGAAGAAAGAGAACCAACACCUUAUCCUGGUGAUAAAUCUUUCCAAUAUGCUGAUAUUUACGAAAAGAUAGUGGUCUCUGGAGUGCUGCAUGACAGUGGCAUUUUGGAGGAGGUGGAACCAUCCAGUGCUAGUUAUUUGGAUAAAGAGAAGACUGAUGUUUUAUCAUUAGAAACAGAAAAGUUAUCCAAAAAGGAACUUCAACAGCAGAUAUCUUCUAAGGAGGAAGAAUCACAUUUAUAUACCUCAGCCGAAAAAGAACUAUCUUCCCCUAUAUCUCCCAAAGACAAAGGCGAUUAUACCAGAUUUGAAUAUACAGAAAUGGAGGAAAAAAAAUCUCCUGCUGUAGAAAGGGAUGACAACCUAGAUAUUUCAAGUGUAACAGAAAAGGAGGAGUUGCAGAUAGAAGCAACCCAUAAAUGUGAAAAAUCAGAAGAUGUAGAUGAUCAUUUUACUUCACUGUCAGACAGGACAGAAGUGCAAGAAAAGAUAGAUCAUAAUAAACAAGAUACUCUAGUGCCCUAUAUGAACCCAUCACGUAAUGAUGACAUCACUUUCACCAGUCAGGAACUUAACCUAAUGGAAUCAAAGCCACUUCAAAUGAAAGAGUCAUAUUAUGAGAAAACAGAGGUAGUAGAAGAAAGUGCAAGUGACUCAGAGUUAGAAAAGGGUGCCAAAGAACAAUCUGAAAAGGAAAUAAAGAGCCCAGGUCCAGAUAUAGGAAAGACAUAUGAAGAGCAACCUUGUGACAGCUUUUUACAAAAGGAGAGAAACGACUUUUCAACAUAUAGUUUAUUUUCUGAACAAAAAAAUCUACAUCCUGAUGAUUUUGAUGUUCAGCACCCUAAAGAGAAUGUAGCUCGAUUUGUAGAACAUGCCACAUUUAGUGCAGGGUAUAGCUUCCUAGAAGAUGAGCAAAAAAGAGAAGAGAGUGGUUCAGAAUAUUCAUACUACCCUCUCACAUCCAAAACAGGUUCUACAAAGGAAGCAGACAAAUCAUGGCUCCAAACAAAUUACCAAGAAUCACAAGCUGUUACAGACUCUCACAACACAGAUACCUUCCUAGAAAGUUGCCUUCACAGCGAUACAGACAAACAAAAAAUAUCUGAUGAACUGGAUGUUAAGGAAUCCACUCCAGAUUUUGAAUAUUCAUCUAGUGUUACAGAAAAGGAAGCUUCACCAUACCAAGAACAUUUUGAACCAAUGUCAAUUACAGAUGUCAAAACAUUACAGUCAGACUUUAUGGGUAUGUCCCAUUCAAAAAAAGACCAGCAGGAUGAAUACCUAGAAGUUUCUGAAAGGGUAUGUGACUUGGAUACUUCCCUGACCAGAUUCUCACCAAUAAGUCCAUCAGAGGAAGACCCUUUGUUUUCUAAAAUUCCAGGUCAGCAAUAUUCAAAGAAAGAAUACCUUAAGGAUGAUUCUCAUAGUUUCUCAGAAUCUUCUUCUGAGGCUAGCACCCCUGUAAAAAAAGACACUACAGACAGCUUUUACUCUCAUAUGAUUACAAGUCACACAACGGAUACAGAGCAGAGUGCCAGGAAUUUGUGGGAUGUGUCUCCUCUUGUUCCUGCUCAGUCCACAAUGCCUUCUUUACCAGCUGAAAAAGACACUGCUGAAGAUCAAGGUUCCACUGGGUCAUAUGAUAUGGAUGAUUGUACAUUACCGUGUAGAGUAGAUUGUAAAACCACAACUUGCACAUCAAAUUAUGAAAAAUCCAGUAGUACCCAUGAGGAACUAAACAUGGCAGAUGGUACAGUGGCAAUGCAGUCGUUUUCUAAUGUUCUAACCUCUUUUCCACUUCAUCAACAAGAUGAUGAAUCCACAGAAAAUGGUCCUACAGAAGUUAACACUAGCCCAGAACUAUUUAAAGAGACUCAGUACUUUGAAAAGGAAUUCUUCUCUGCCGGUGACUUAAGAGAUGAAAAGGCAUCUCCAGAUUCAGAAUCCUCUGCAUACUCCGAAGAAGAAACUGAAAAGCCAAACCGACCUUCUUCUCUAACAUCCCCAGAACACACAUUCCAGCCUUAUUUUCCAGAUUCACAAAGACACGGAGGAAGUGAUGAUCAUGGUGAUGCCUCUCAUGAGAUUGAGCCAUGCUUGGGAACAUCAAGUCGGUAUGAGCACAAUGUAUCUUCAUCUGAAUACACACACAGAAAGGGGGAUCUUUCUCCAUCUUUCAUCAACCCCAGUCCUCUUGACUUUUCAGAUGACAGUGAUGCCUCGCAAGAUGAAGGCCAUCCUUCAGUUAAAGGAAGAACACAUCGCAUAACUACAUCUCAGGUUCAAAGUGCUACUGUUGAUGAAACCCCUCCAACUUCUGUCAGCGAAUCUGGAACAUCGAAUUCAGAUUCUGAUGUUCCACCAGAAACUGAAGAAUGCCCCUCCAUAACAGCUGAUGCAGCAAUGGACUCAGAUGAAGAUGCCGACUUUCUCCCUGUGGACAAAGCAAUGGGAAACUUACAUCAUAGCAGCACAAGGCAAAGCCAUGACCCAAACCCAACUCCUAUGAUGGAUCCUUACCCUCAUCCGCCUCAUCCUGAUGUCUGCAUGGUAGAUCCUGAAGUGUUAGCCAAUGAGUUAAACUUAAGUAAGGGAGACAAAGUCAUCAAAAAGGACAUUAAAGAGAAAACCAAAGGAGUCAGGAAACCUUUAACAAAACCUAAAUCAUUAUCACCUGCUAGGAAGCUAGAAUCUAAAGGAAAACGUUCCCCAACACUGUCAAAACAAACAUCCAGGGACACCGAAAAACUACCAAAAAGUCAAACGUUGAGGAAAGAAAAAGAAGCAACAGAGAAGCAGCAGAAGCCAAGAAGUCCAUUACAGACACAUCCAUCUAGGGGAGAUGACAAAGAUGAGGUUUCAAGAACCAGCUUCGGUAAUACUAACAAGUUGGGCAGUGGCAUCAAAUCAACUUCAGCCAGCUCAAAAUCAAGUUCUACAAUACCUCCGGGACUCCCUGUAUAUGUGGAUUUAGCAUAUAUUCCCAAUCACUGUAAUGAAAAAAAUGCAGAUAUGGAGUUCUUUAAAAGAGUUCGUGCAGCAUACUAUGUUGUAAGUGGCAAUGAUGCGGCCAACGGAGAGCCAAACCGGGCUGUGCUGGAUGCACUUUUGGAAGGGAAGUCACAGUGGGGGGAGAAUCACCAGGUCACAUUGAUCCCAACUCAUGACACUGAGGUGACCCGUGAAUGGUACCAACAAACCCAUGAGAAACAACAAGAAUUAAAUAUAAUGGUCCUUGCUAGUAGUAGUACCGUAGUGAUGCAAGAUGAAUCCUUCCCAGCAUGCAAGAUUGAGUUCUAAACGUCCACAUCAGCAGUGUGUCCAUCAGCAUGUAGUGUUUAGAUACAUGUCUAGUCAAAACUCAGAUCUCUUCAAGUCAUCGUUCAUUACCAUAGCAUCUGGAAUUAUUUGUCUUCCAGCAACAUUGGCUGGUUGGACAUUUGUACCAUAAUUUUACAAUGUUAAAGGUCUCAUGAUUCCGUUGUCCAGACAUUUAACCGCUGCGUUUCAAAGACAAUUCUGCACAAAAUAUUAUUACAUGUAGAAUUACUCUUGACAAUUGAGAACUCAGUU